AACAUAGAUUACAUAACGGUAAACACCGUGACUAGUGCUGCAACGUGUUGUUUAAAUUGAAUGCAAAGUCUCUUUUUCUACAUCAAAUGAGAUAUUUAUGGAGGCGUUGACAGAGAAACAGAGACAAAUGGUGUCGUGGGUUGCAAUUUCAACAACACUAGCUCUAUUACUAGUGCCUUGUCCUGUCUCCUGUGAAAGGCAGUGCAAUUUUCCGGCAAUAUUCAACUUCGGAGACUCCAAUUCCGACACUGGUGCUAUCUCAGCAGCUUUUGAACAAGCUCCUCCCCCUAAUGGAAUCACUUUUUUCCACAACCCUGCUGGGCGCUUCUCCGAUGGUCGUCUUGUCAUCGAUUUCAUAGCUAAAAGCUUUGGAUUACCUUAUCUGAGCGCUUACUUGGAUUCUGUUGGCUCAAACUUCAGCACUGGAGCUAACUUUGCAACCGCCGGAUCCACCGUCAGACCUCAGAACACAACCAGGUCUCAGAGUGGUUAUAGUCCCAUAUCGCUGGAUGUUCAGUUUGAACAGUUCUCUGGUUUCAAAUCAAGAUCCAAACUCGUUCGCAAUGCUAUAUGUGGGGUGUUCAAGAAUUUGUUGCCCAAGGAGGAGUAUUUUUCUGAGGCACUAUACACGUUUGAUAUUGGCCAAAACGAUCUCACUGCUGGGUUGAAACUGAACUUAACCACAGAACAAGUCAAGGCAUAUAUACCUGAUGUAUUAGGCCAAUUCUCCAAUGUCAUAAAGAAUGUGUAUGGGGAAGGAGGAAGGUCAUUUUGGAUACACAACACAGGCCCACUGGGUUGCCUGCCAUACACGCUAGACCGCUAUCCCGUGAGUGCGGCCCAAAUCGAUGAGUUUGGGUGUGCCAAACCCUUCAAUGAGAUGGCCCAAUAUUUUAACAGUAAACUGAAAAAAACUGUUGAGCAACUGAGGAUAGAACUUCCAAAGGCUGCAAUAGUGUACGUUGAUGUGUACACAGCGAAGUACACCCUCAUCACCCAUGCCCAAAAAUACGGUUUUGACAAGGGGGUGAUAGCAUGUUGUGGGCAUGGUGGGAAGUACAACUUUAACAAUGGAGCGAGAUGUGGAGCGAGCAAAAUGGUGAAUGGGAAAAAAGUUGUGAUAGCCAAAUCGUGCAAAGAUCCAAGUGUGAGGAUUCUUUGGGAUGGGAUUCAUUACACUGAAGCUGCUAAUAACUGGGUCUUUCAACAAAUAGCCAAUGGAUCCUUUUCAGAUCCACCUAUGUCUUUAACAAGGGUUUGUCAUGGCAACGCAUCUAUCCCCUACCAUUAAUCUCUUUUUCUUGGACAUUAUGAGAUUUUAAUUAGCGUUCGUGAAUUUUGAAUGUGUGCUUGCAACUCGAUCAUAUAGUUUGAUAAAUUUUGUUGUCAAAGUUCAUUUGUCAUUGACAAAAGCAUGAGAGUUUAUUCGCUAAACCCCAAAUUAGAUCUAUGCAAUGGUGAAUUGGUGAUGACA